AUGACGACUUCACUGAUCUUGCAUCCACGCUGGGCGGAUACCUUCAUGUACGUGUAUGAGGAGAACCCGAAUGAAAAUAAUCAGAAUAAAAUCCCAGCCAUGGAAGGGCUCAGUGGGAACUGCCCAGCGAGCCACUGCAGGGAUUUAAUCACUCACCCGGUAUUGGGUCGUCAUUCCAGCACCAUUGGGACUCACCAGAGUUCUGUCUACACGGAUAUACCUGCUCCAGAUGCCGCCAGGCAGUGCCCCGCGCCACCAGCCUCUUCCAACGCCACCUUGGGCUACGGCUACCCUUUUGGGGGCAGCUACUACGGAUGCCGGCUCUCCCACUCCCACAACGUGAACUUACAACAGAAGCCUUGCUCUUAUCACCCGGCUGAAAAAUACCCCGAGCCCAGCGGCUCCCUCCCCAGCGAAGAACUAUCCUCACGGGCCAAAGAAUUUGCUUUUUACCCGAGCUUUGCCAGCUCCUACCAGGCGGUCCCUGGCUAUUUGGACGUAUCAGUGGUUCCAGGUAUCAGUGGCCACCCAGAACCGAGACACGACGCGCUGCUUCCCAUGGAAGGAUACCAACACUGGGCUCUUUCUAAUGGCUGGGACGGGCAGGUCUAUUGCUCCAAAGAGCAGUCGCAGUCUACCCAUCUCUGGAAGUCACCUUUCCCAGAUGUGGUACCUCUUCAGCCAGAAGUGAGCAGCUAUCGUAGGGGCCGAAAGAAACGAGUCCCCUACACGAAAAUUCAACUGAAAGAACUAGAAAAGGAAUACGCCGCCAGCAAGUUCAUAACCAAAGAGAAGCGACGAAGGAUUUCCGCGACCACUAAUCUUUCCGAGCGCCAGGUCACGAUCUGGUUUCAGAACCGCAGGGUGAAAGAGAAAAAGGUCGUUAGUAAAUCUAAGACACCUCACCUGCACGCUACCUGACAAAAGAAACCGUCUAGGAGGGGGCGGGGGCGGGAGCAAAGAUGCAUUGAAAUCGAGGAGGAGCGAAACAAGCAAACAUACAAAUAUUUAUCUGAUAAAUUUGUAUAGAUAACACACGCCUUGGACUCUUUGAUCAAUCUGAUUAUUUAAACAAAAAGAGAGAAGAAGAAGAAGAUCACCCACCCACCACGGAAAGAUGAGGAAUUAAACCGCCAUCUUUGGUUUAUUCUUCUGUCCUGGCAUCACCCUCUCUUGAACUGUGAAUCCGGUCGCCCCAGUUAAACAUCCGUUUUGACAUGGUUUUCAAUGUGCACAUUUAACAAAGGGAGAGGAGAAGGGGGGAGGGGGAGGAAACAAAAUAAUGCAAAUAUGUAAAUUUGCCACUAUGGGAUUUUAAAUGUUAUUUUGUAGUCCUGUAUAAUCGCCUGUCCCUCCCCGCCCCAUCAAGGAUCAAAGAUCUCCCCUUUCUUUGGCUGUUUCUGUCUGUGAUGUUUAAAAGAAAAAUGAAUAAAGAAAGCUAUAUACAUAAAUAUAUAUAUGGAGAACGUAUUCACCUUGGUUCAAAUAAAAGAUGCCCUAGAAAUGUUUCUUUUGCUACCGUGGAGAGGAAAACAAAAAAGAAAACCGAAAGAAAAGUAAGGCUGCUACCCUGAACGUGUUGCUGUUCGUGUUUUUACUCCCCUGAUUUUAGUCUGUAUUAUUUUAAACACAUUCUCCAGUAAUGUUGUUCCUGCGUAAUUCCUAGGGCACGA